CCACUCCCACAGACGAGCUCUGUGCUCUCACUCGCCCGUUUAGCUUGAGUUGCUUCAGAUGCUGCAGCUACCGUAGUCGCUCUAUCUCCCCAUAACAGCAGUCAUGGCGACAGAGGUCCAACCGCUCACUCUGGAUCGAGAUGUAGCCAGGGCGAUUGAGCUGCUGGAGAAGCUACAGGAGUCCGGGGACGUCCCGGGUCACAAGCUGCAGUCCCUGAAGUUGGUGUUGCAGAGUGAGUUCUGCACAGCCAUUAGAGAGGUGUACCAGUACAUGCAUGAAACAAUCACAGUCAAUGGCUGUCCGGAGUACCAGGCACGGGCUACAGCGAAGGCCACAGUUGCAGCCUUUGCGGCCAGCGAGGGUCACUCUCACCCCCGAGUGGUGGAGCUGCCCAAGACGGAGGAGGGGCUGGGCUUCAAUGUGAUGGGCGGCAAGGAGCAGAACUCUCCCAUCUAUAUCUCCCGUAUCAUCCCAGGGGGCUUGGCUGAGAGGCACGGGGGCCUGAAGCGAGGGGACCAGCUCCUGUCUGUCAAUGGCGUGAGUGURGAGGGGGAGCACCACGARAAGGCGGUGGAGCUUCUGAAGGCAGCCAAGGACAGUGUGAAGCUGGUGGUACGCUACACGCCCAAGGUCCUGGAGGAGAUGGAGGCGCGCUUCGAGAAGCUCCGCACGGCCCGCCGCCGCCAGCAGCAGCAGCUCCUCAUGCAGGCUCAGCAGCAGCAGAACCUCACUACCCAGCAGAACCAUAUGUCGUAGGCUGUUCCAAAAGAAGAAGAAGUGAAGGACACUGAAAGGAAGUUUCUAAGUCCAUCUCUGUGCGGAGGAUCCCGAAGGAACCACCUGGUAGAGGAGAAUAUGAUACUGUUAAGCAGUGAAGACUCUCUCUCCCCCUUCAAUGUACUGCCAACAGAGUGAAGCACAACUGAAAGAUAUGUGUUCUGAAAUGUAAACAAUGGUGCUUGUGACUUGAGAGAUUGGAGGCUAGCACUGAAACUCAUCCUUUUAACUUUUAUUUUGUUUGUGUUCAUUUUAAGUUGUCCUCUAACAGUUGAAAGUUGUAACCCUCCACAAUGCUCCUUGUCAUUUGUGAUAGUUUACUUMUUUCUGUUAUAUAUUUUGAAUUCAUUUCACUUGUUUCCUGACUUUGGUUUUGCUAUAGCUUUGUACAGUGAUAUUUCUAUGUCUAUUGUUUCUUCUAUGGGAGCUUGUCUGUGUGUGAAUGAACAUUGCUUUUUUUGUGUCCAACUUGUCCUGCUUUGGAUAAACGUGAACUCUUUUUUUACCUUAUAUAUAUUGGAGCGAGAAAAUAUUUUGUAUUGAAACUUGUAGAUUUAGCAAUAACAGACUUUCGUUGGUUUUACAUUUCACAUAAAAGUAAUGAUUAGAGAUAUACAGUAUGUGGGAAAGAUACAAAAGUUAACAAUGUAAUACUAGGUCAACUGUAUCUUAUGCACUGUGUGUCAUAAGGCAGCUUCUGCCAUUAAAAUCAAACGGCUGUUAAAAGA